AUGAAACAAUACGAAGCUCCAAAGGAUCCUAAUUCAGCGUUACAAGAGAACCCUGGUUCCGAAGGUACAGACUUUGUCCCCACUGUGCUUCCCUUAGAAAUCAUUGACCGGGCUAUUGGGAAACAGGUACACGUGAUCUUAACAAGUGAAAAGGAAUUCAAAGGUACUCUUGUUGGAUUCGAUGACUUUGUUAACAUGGUGUUGGAGAAUGUGGAAGAAGUUGGUGAUAGCUCAGGAGAACGCCGUGAACGGAUGCUUUUGAACGGAGGUCACGUGGCUAUGAUUGUCCCCAGCUAA